GGUUAAUCAUAACCUUAAAGAAUUAUAUAAAAACUGUAAUGUCAGAUGAAGAAUAUAACCUAAAACAAAAUGAGAUUUAAACAGAAAUGAAUUUGAACUAGAAAUGCUAUAAAAGCAAUGGAAGAGGAAACCCUGCUCGAUCUAGCGAAUAUCCCAGCAGAUCCACCACGGAUGCGAAGCAUCUGUAACAAGUGUGAACGACCAUCAGUGGUGUGUUGGUGCAGUGCUUUACCCGCAACACCUUUAAAACCCAGAAGCAGAAUAAUCCUGCUGCAGCAUCCGGCCGAAGAGAAAAGAUGUUUAAGGACAGCCCCGAUGCUGAGCCUCGGCUUGCACCCUGACAAAUGCCUGAUAUUCAAAGGGAAGAGAUUCCCUGGAAAGCACGAAGGUCUAGAAGAAAUUCUGGCAGCUGACAAUACUCUGCUGCUGUAUCCGAGCAAGUCCUCGGUUAAUAUAAAUGCAGUGAGCAAUGGCAGUGACAGCUACAAUCUAGUCGUUAUAGAUGGCACUUGGCCUCAGGCCAAAGCGAUUUACACGAGCAGCCCCAUGUUGCACAGCAUCAAGCAGGUGAAGCUGAUCACGACGAUGGUGAGCAACUAUUCGAUCCGUACGCAGCCCAGUGAUGGUUGUUUGAGCACCUUGGAAACAGCUGCAGUAGCUUUAAGUUCCUUGGAGCAAGAUGAAAAGUAUCGGGAAGAACUGAUAAAACCUCUGCACGCGCUGUGCGAAUUCCAGCUGAAGAACGGAGCGGUCUCUCAUCAAAGCAAAGAGUUUAGAAUUAAGAAUAGAUCGUAUCCUAAAUUGAUAGGGAAACGAUUGAACAGGGUCCUCAAAGAAGCCGAGAUGAUGAACGAAUCCUCUUAGAUUAUGUGUAUGUUAAGUUGCCUAACGGAAUGUAAAGAAUUUUUAUAUAAGAGAAAAAAAAAAUCCUUGACACGAAUGAA